AUGGAGGACUUUGACUGUGACGACUUUGAGAAGACGCUCAAGGUGAUUGUGGUGGGGAACGGGAAUGUGGGCAAGACGAGCAUGACGACGCGCUAUGCCAAGGGCAGAUACACGGGCAUGUACAAAAAGACAAUUGGGGUGGAUUUUAUGGAGAAGACGGUGGAGCUGCGUGAUCUAGGCGAGACAAUUAACCUCAUGAUCUGGGAUACUGCCGGUCAAGAAGAGUUCGAUACACUUACGAGUAGAUACUACAAAGGCGCGGGUGCUGUUAUCUACGUGUUUUCGACCGUGGAUCGAGCCUCUUUCGAUGAUCUGCCCAAGUGGAAGCGCAAAGUGGAGGAGGAAUGUGGUAAAAUCUGCAGUGUUUUGGUACAGAACAAAAUUGACUUGGAGGACGACGCUGCUAUGACUCGUGACGAAGUCGAGGACAUGGCCGACUACUUAAACAUGCGACUUUAUCGCUCCUGUGUUCAAGACAACAUCAACGUAGGCGAAGUGUUUCGCUACCUCUGUCGCAAGUUCCUCAAGAGCGGCGAUGACGGCGACGAAACAGUUCAUGCUGUCACUGACAUCUCGACGCUGAGCCAAACAGCGAAGCCUAAGACCAUGCCACGUCACAAUUCACCGGAGCCCAGAACGAAGCGCGAGAUUUCCGACAUUUCCGACGUCGAUUCCGAUCGCACGGCAACGGCAGCUCCAUCGCCUACAACCCAGUCACACUUGAUCAAAGCGUUUCCCCCCUCCCCACCAACAGUAGCUGAUCGAGAAUACGCGAGUGACAGCGGAGAGGAAGAACCCGAUUCUCCGAGAAGAGGCCGCAAAAACGAUGAUGAUCAAGACUACAAAAAGAUUGACAGUCGGAGAGAUUCUGGUUCGGAAGCUGACGUUGCAGAGGAAUCUCCACGCCACGCUCCGUCAAAACGCGAUAAAGAGUGCGAGGAAGACGACGAGGAAGACGAGAGUGUGGAUUCUUCUGGGAUGCCCAAGUUGAAACCAAGCAAAAGACGUACAAACGGCAAGAAAACGUAUCCGCCGCCAGACUGUGUCAUUUCUUAA